AUGGCGAUGGUUCGAGGCUCUUGCGGUGUUGCUUCGUACGAUGAGUAUCGAGAUGCGGAUGUCUCGCAAUCUGGUUACCUAUCAUCACAGUUCUACGCCAAACCACUCACCUACACCCCACUCGGAAUUGGUGCGGUCAAACAAACGAGCAGAGAUCCGACUGUAAAUGGCUGUAAUAUGGUCUGCGCGGGAAAUGCGCUACAAUGGUGUGGAGGAGGUAACCGUCUGAACCUUUAUCUCCUGAAUGGCACAAGCCCUGCACCAACAAGCUCGGCAAGCGUUCCAACCGGUACCAACAGUGCCUCCCCAAGUACACCGACGGCAACUGCAGCUGGACCUGUCACGGUCUCAAAUUUCACCGGCGAAGCUACCAACGGACGGGCCUUGAACAGUGUCUUGCUUCCUAUUGCAGGCAGUGACACAGAUGUCGAGACUUGCGCCACUGCCUGCGCUGGCUACACAUACUUUGGCGUUGAGUACGGCUCUGAGUGCUACUGUGGAAACCAAAUUUGGGAGGGUAGCGUCGUCCAGACGAGCCCUGAUCCAAACGUGAAUGGUUGUUCGGUCCUCUGCGCGGCGAAUACGCUGGAGUACUGCGGUGGGGGGGAUCGUUUAAAUGUUUAUCAGGUUGCCCCGGCUGUCACGAGCUCGUCGUCCGUAUCGUCCACCCGAUCAAGUUCUUCGUCGAUUCUGUCAUCUUCAACCUGGUCAAGCUCGGCAUUUACCCUGACGCCCUCUUCCAGCAGCUCUCGGCAAAUCGUCGGCCACAUCUGUUUCAUCGACCAAAUCGUCCACGAGCUCUCGAAUAUCAACCUCAUCGGGCACAUCAACGACGUCUCGGCAAUCAAGUACCUUGACAAAAUCAAGCUCUUCAUCGACAAUUCAACGCAACUGCAUUACCCACGCUUCAUAUCGCUCCAUCAGCAGGUAUACUUCGGCUGCUACACCGAAGGGACUGGAAUUCGCGCUCUUGGAUCAGUUACCUUCCCUAGCGACACUAAUACGAUCGAGUCUUGCGUGGCCGCUUGUUCGCCUUAUAAGUACGCCGGAGCAGAGUACGGCCGCGAAUGUUGGUGUUCUGAUUCUUUUGGGAUCGGAUCCGUAUUUGCCCCCGACUCGGAUUGCGCGAUGAGAUGUGCUGGAGACCAAUACGAGUACUGCGGAGCUGGAAAUCGUCUGUCCGUGUAUAUCAGGAAUGGGACUGGCACGGCUUCUUCAUCUUCAAGUCGGUCGCAGCUUCCGUCUAGCUCUAGCUUGCGAUCCAGUGCAACGAGCUCUCGGGUAUCUACAUCUACGAUUCCGAGCAGCUCUAAGGCUUCUGUGUCCUCGAUCCUGAGCUCGUCCUCGGUGCGAGGCUCUUCUCGGAGUAGCUCCCAGAUAUCUAGGACGCCGGUCAGAAGCUCCUCCAGCUCGAAAAUAUCGACAAGCACUUCGUCUGUCAGAAUUACUUCCACUGGAUCGAAACUCAGUUCGACUUCGCUCAAGUCGUCUUCGAGCUCGAGGAUUUCGACACUGACUAGCGAGAGCUCUUCUUCUAGUGGAAUAAAGCUCAGCACAGCAUUGAGUACACAAAUUUCCUCGGCCAGCCCAUCCUCAAGUUCAAAGCCUGAGACAAGCCCAUCUGUCUCGAGCAUUUCAACUUCAACUCGGGCUUCAUCUGGGGUAUCGACGUCCGUUAGUAGAUCCGCGACGUCAUCAUCCCUCCGGAGCAGUUCCUCCACUGUCAAGGCCAGCUAUGAGCCCUCAGCCGCGGGCCAGAAGAUCGGCUCCUAUCAAUAUCUAGGCUGCGCGAACGAAAUCGAUGGACGAGCUCUACCUGGAGCUGCCUUCGUAUCCGGUGAUGCCAUGACAGUCGAGUCCUGCCAAGCCUUUUGCGCGACAAACAACUACGCGCUCUCGGCCAUCGAAUAUGCGUCCGAGUGCUACUGCUACAACACACUGAUGUCCCCCGCAACUCUGGGUAAUACCGGUAGUGGUAUGUCUUGCAGCGGCAAUACAGGUCAGCAUACCCUCCACUCCCUCUCGUCAAUGUUCUAA